GUCGGGGUCCUUGCUGUCACACGGAAAUCAAACGUCGGUGACCGAUGGUUGUUUUCCUCUCAAUUGCAGAACUGAAGAAUAACAACGCUUUCCUCUCUGCUUUUGUCAGAAUGCCUGCUGAACGCAAGCACGCAGUAAACAUGGACGAGAAAGACAUUUGCUCCGCCAGCAGCAAGGACAAGGACAAAGAAAAGGACGCAGAGAGGAAAGCAGCAGCAGCAGCAGCAGCGCGGGACAAAGCCAAAGACGAGGCCAAGAUGAGUGGCAAGAAGGACGGCGGCAAAGAUGAGAAGAGGAAGCGCCAGGAGGAGGAGAAGAAGAGGAAAGAGGAGAAGGAGCGCAGGAAGAAAGAGGAUGAGAAACAGAAAGCGGAGGAAGAGCAGAAGCAGAAGGAGGAGGAGGUGAAGAGGCAGCAGGAGGAGCAGGAGAGGAAGCUUCAAGAGGAGGAGGCCAAAAGGCAGCGUGAGGAGGAAGCGGCUAUCCUGAAGGAACAGGAAGAGGGCCACCAGCUGCACCAGGAGGCCUGGGAGCGCCACCACUGCCGGAAGGAACUCCGCGGCAGGAACCAGAACGCCCACGAGGCCCGGCCCGAAGAAGCCUUCUUCAGCCGGCUGGACUCCAGUCUCAAGAAGAACACGGCUUUCGUCAAGAAGCUGCGCACGCUCACCGAGCAGCAACGCGACUCGCUCUCCAACGACUUCGCCUCGCUCAACCUCAGCAAGUACAUCGGCGAGGCGGUCAGCUCCGUGGUGGAGGCCAAGCUGAAAAUCUCCGACGUGGGCAGCGCCGUGCACCUGUGCUCGCUCUUCCACCAGCGGUACGGCGAGUUCGCCCCGCUGCUCCUGCAAGCCUGGAAGAAGCACUUCGAGGCCCGCAAGGAGGACAAGGUGCCCAACGUCAGCAAGCUGCGCACCGACCUGCGCUUCCUGGCCGAGCUCACCAUCGUGGGGUUCUUCACCGACAAAGAGGGCCUGUCGCUCAUCUACGAGCAGCUGAAGAACAUCAUCGGCGCCGACCGCGAGACGCACACGCACGUGUCGGUGGUCAUCAGCUUCUGCAAGCACUGCGGGGACGACAUCGCCGGCCUGCUGCCGCGCAAGGUGAAGGCGGCCGCCGACAAGUACGGCCUGGCCUUCCCUCCCAGCGAAAUCAUCAGCGCCGAGAAGCAGCAACCCUUCCAGAAUCUGCUGCGCGAGUACUUCACGUCGCUCGCCAAGCACCUGAAGAAGGACCACAGGGAGCUGCAGAACAUUGAAAGGCAGAACAGGCGCAUCUUACAUUCCAAAGGGGAGCUGAGCGAGGACCGCCACAAGCAGUACGAGGAGUUUGCCACGUCCUAUCAGAAGCUGCUGGCCAACACUCAGUCGCUGGCUGACCUGCUGGAUGAAAACAUGCCAGAGUUGCCCCAGGACAAGACCGUGCAGGAAGAACACGGCCCCGGCAUUGAUAUUUUUACCCCCGGCAAGCCGGGAGAGUACGACCUGGAGGGCGGCAUCUGGGAGGACGAAGACGCUCGGAACUUCUACGAGAACCUGGUGGACCUGAAGGCGUUCGUCCCCGCCAUCCUCUUCAAGGACAACGAGAAGGGCGGCCAGGGCAAAGACAAGGAUGAAGCCAAAGCAGAUGGCCGAGAGCCAAGGGAGGCCGCCGGCACCACGGAAGAGCUGGAGCUGGAGCUGGAGGCUCUGGACAUCGCAGACGAGCCUCUGGAACUGGAGGGAGCCGACGAGGCCGAGAGUGAAGAACUGGCCAAAAAGCUCAUGGAUGAGCAGGAGCAAGAGGACGAGGAGGCCAACACGGGAUCCCACCUGAAGCUGAUCGUGGACGCGUUCAUCCAGCAGCUCCCAAACUGCGUUAACCGAGACUUCAUCGACAAGGCCGCCAUGGACUUCUGCAUGAACAUGAACACCAAAUCCAACAGGAGGAAGCUAGUGCGAGCGCUCUUCACGGUGCCCCGGCAGAGGUUGGAUCUUCUGCCUUUUUACUCCCGCCUGGUCGCCACCCUUCAUCCGUGCAUGUCGGACGUGGCCGAGGACCUCUGCUCCAUGCUGAAAGGGGACUUCAGGUUUCAUAUUCGCAAGAAGGACCAGAUCAACAUCGAGACCAAAAAUAAAACCGUCAGGUUUAUCGGGGAACUGGCCAAGUUCAAGAUGUUCUCCAAGACGGACACGCUUCACUGUCUCAAGAUGCUGCUGUCCGACUUCACGCAUCACCACGUGGAGAUGGCGUGCACCCUGCUGGAGACUUGCGGCCGCUUCCUCUUCAGGUCUCCCGAUUCUCACCUGCGCACCAGCGUCCUGCUGGAGCAAAUGAUGCGCAAAAAGCAGGCUCAGCACCUGGACGCGCGCUACGUGACCAUGGUGGAGAACGCCUACUACUACUGCAACCCCCCGCCCAUGGAGAAGACAGUGAAGAAGAAGAGGCCGCCGCUGCAGGAGUACAUCCGCAAGCUGCUCUACAAGGACCUGUCCAAGGUCACCACGGAGAAGGUGCUCAGGCAGAUGCGCAAGCUGCCCUGGCAGGACCCCGAGGUGAAGAGCUACCUGAUCUGCUGCAUGGUCAACAUCUGGAACGUCAAGUACAACAGCAUCCACUGCGUGGCCAACCUGCUGGCCGGCCUGGUGGCCUACCAGGAGGACGUGGGCAUCCACGUGGUGGACGGGGUGCUGGAGGACAUCCGCCUGGGCAUGGAGGUGAACCAGCCCAAGUUCAACCAGCGGCGCAUCAGCAGCGCCAAAUUCCUGGGCGAGCUGUACAACUACCGCAUGGUGGAGUCGGCCGUCAUCUUCCGCACGCUCUUCUCCUUCAUCUCGUUCGGUGUCAGUCAGGACGGCAGCCCCAGCUCGCUGGACCCCCCCGAGCACCUCUUCCGCAUCCGGCUGGUGUGUACGCUGCUCGACACCUGCGGGCAGUACUUCGACCGAGGCUCCAGCAAGAAGAAGCUCGACUGUUUCCUCAUCUACUUCCAGCGCUACGUCUGGUGGAAGAAGAGCGUGGAGGCCUGGACCAAAGAGCACCCCUUCCCCAUCGACAUCGACUACAUGAUCAGCGACACACUGGAGCUGCUGCGGCCCAAAAUGAAGAUCAGCUCUUCCCUGGAGGAGGCCAGCAGGCAGGUGGUGGACCUGGAGAGGGAGGUGCUCGUCAAACUAGGUCUGGCCAUGGAGAGGGGUGGCCGCUCCAGCGCCGUGAGCGAAGGCGAGGGCCUGGACGAGGAGGACGACGACGAAGACGAGGAGGGCGGCGCCGAGACGGAGGAGCAGUCGGGCAACGAGAGCGAAAUCAACGAACCCGAGGAGGAUGAGGCAUCUGAGAAUGAAGAGGAGGAGAGGGAUGAAGAGGAGGAGGAGAACACCGACUACCUGACAGACUCCAACAAAGAAAAUGAGACGGAUGAGGAGAACAAUGAGGUGACCAUCCGCGGCGGCGGGUUGAAGCACGUGGCGUGUGCCGAGGACGAGGACUUCAUCCAGGCGUUGGAUAAGAUGAUGCUGGAGAACCUGCAGCAGCGGAGCGGCGAGACGGUGAAGGUGCACCAGCUGGACGUGGCCAUUCCUCUGCAGCUGAAGAGCCAGCUGAGGAAGGGAGGCUCCUCCAGCCAGCCGUCCAUCAGCGAGGCCGACGCCGACGUCUCGGACACCAUGCAGUUCGUCAUGCUCACCCGCAAGGGCAACAAGCAGCAGUACAAGAUCCUGAACGUGCCGCUGUCGUCCCACCUGGCCGCCAACCACUUCAACCAGCAGCAGGCCGAACAGGAGGAGCGCAUGAGGAUGAAGAAACUCACCCUGGACAUCAACGAGCGCCAGGAGCAGGAAGACUACCAGGAGAUGUUGCAGUCCCUGGCCCAGCGUCCGGCGCAGGCCAACACCAACCGCGAGCGGCGGCCCCGCUACCAGCACCCCAAAGGCGCCCCCAACGCCGACCUCAUCUUCAAGACCGGAGGAAGGAGACGCUGAUGAGUCCUCAGCUCAGCGAGCAACAGAGCGAAGGAACGAGCAAGAGGAGGGAGAAGAUCGGAGGGUGUGGGGGACGAGACCUCCGAAGUGCCCACUGAUGCCGGGGACAGAACCUCAACACCUCCCCCACCCGAGGGGGCCGAGGAGGACAGACAGACAGACCAAAGCGGCGGCCAGGGGGUCAGAGGUUUUUCUUUUUGUCUGUUGCCUGAGAUGACAAACAAAAAACAAACGACGUACUUAAAGAUGACAAAACUCGUGGCGGCUGGCUGACCUCGGCGAGACGGACAGUAAAUGCCUCGUCGUCACAGCACACGCAGGGGGACAAAAGUAAGAAAUGUGCAAGCAGAAAAAGUAGAUGAAGGGAUGUGAUUAUUUUUUUUUGGGGGGGGGGGCCUCUUGUUGAAGUGAACUUAAGAACACGUGAGCAGGGCAAUAGGGGGUGGGGCAGCGAGGUAAUGGCAAUGACCAAGUGCUGUUAUCAAAAUAUCCAAAAUGUACAUUACUUACAAGAAGUUGGAGGUAUUAAGUGGAAUUAAUUUGACCUUGUCAACUUUUGAAUGUGUAACUGUUCAUUGUUUCAGCCACUGAACUUUUAGUGCCAUCAGCAGGUAGCAACAGAGAGACUGGAUGAGUCACAGAAAGGCAUCCAAGUGGACAGACAUCCUUGGCAAUGUUCAUGUACUGAAACUGGAAUUGUGUGUUGAAAAGUUUACCAAAAGGUCCACUGAAGUUAACCGGUGAAGGUUGUAGUGAAUUUAAGGUUCUCCUGUCAUCACAAUCUAGUGAGCGUGUAACGAUGUUUUCACUUCCAGUAACAUCAUCCUUGCAUCCACUUGCAUAACGUCAAGCAAUGCGUUGUUGUUCUUUCAAGCCAAAUUUCAUGAGCUUCUCAGUGCUAACCUAAAUACACUGUUUAUGUGCCCGA